GAUGCAAGUUGCAAUAAGCUGAAAUACUUACCAGCCGAUAUUGCUCUGCUGAAGUCACUACGAGUUUUGAAUGUGCGGGAUAACCAACUUACUCAUUUGCCUUCAGAGUUUUCUCGAUUGGAGUUGCGUGUACUGGACGUAUCGCAAAAUGAACUCAGCGAAUUGCCAGCUGAACUGCGGCAUAUGUGUACACUGGUUGACCUGCGCAUGAAUGCUAAUCCUCUAAAUAUGCCGCCUGCUAAACUUUGCUCAAAGGCAUGUAAACUUUUCGUUUUGAGUUGA